CAAGUUAACUGUUAAUUUUUUUUUCUUCUAAAUUGUUAACUAAUUAUUUCCAAUUCAACUAAUUAAUUUAAUUCUGUUCUGUGUAAAAGAAAAGAAAAUAAUCUCUUGACCAGAUUGAAAAUUUCUUUUUUCAUUUGAGUCACUUUUCUCUAAAUCAUCAUCAUUAUCAUUUAGAAUAAAUUGAUUUCUACUAAUGAGAAUUAAUUUAUUUCCGUAGUUCUUAUUUUCCCGUUAAUUGUGAUUCUCUCUAAUAAUCCUAAGAUCAACAGGUAAGUCUAAAACCUGAAGUGAAUCUCUAUCGGUGAUAAAGAAAACCGACCAGUUGAUCGAGAGAAAAAUUUGUUUUCAUUUUAUUCUAUUCGAUUCUGUGAUUAGUGCUGGUACACUUGUGUUUUCUAUGAAUUAACACACAGAAAAUGUGUAAAGAAAUUUGAUCAACCCAUCGUUCACUUGUUGAUUAAUUAAUUCUCAUCAAAUCUACUCAAACCGACUCUCUCUCUCUCGCUCUCUCUGUGAAUAUAUAAUUUAUCUCUGGUUCCUUCUGGUUUUACAUUGGUUUCCUUCUGUAUGGAGAAUUGUAUGUUUUCAAUGGUGUAACUCAACUGAGAUUGAUCACUUCCAUUCGAGAUUAAUGAACGCAUCCUCUCUUCCUUUUCCAAUAUAUAAUAUAUAGCGAAUGAAUAAAUGUAAUCAUUGCCAUUACCAUCAUCAUCUCCAUGAAAAAAAAAUCAAAAUUCGCUUGUGUUUAUGUGCUAAUCUUCAUCUAAAUCGUAACCAACACGCUCACUAAUCUCCAUCAUCAUCUUCAUCUCUGUGAGUUUUUCUCAUCCAUUGUGAGGUUACAUCUGAAUUACAAGAUAGAGAAAAACCGAGAAGCUCAAUUUAAAUUACAAAUUGAUCCACAAUCAACUGUUUCCUCUUGCACUUCUUUGGUUACCAAUUGAUUCAGCCUUGGUGUUUUCGGUGAACAAUUUCAAUUCUCUCUCUCUCUCUCUCUCUCUCUCCUUUCUUUUUCCAUGAUUUCAGUUCUUAUUGUUUCUCUGAGCGAUAAAAAAAUCCUCCAUCACCACACUACUCAUUCUAUGGUCAAUUUAACCAGGAUUGUUUUUCCUAAUCAUGUUACAAUGUAAAGGAAAACAACAAACCUUGAUAACGAAAACUGAAUCUUCCCUGAGUGUCGACAUAAUCACCACCAUCAUCACCACCUCAGUUCAUUUUGUCAAUGGAGAGGAAGAAGAAGAUAAUGUUGAUGGAGAAAGGAAGAGAUGAAGAUGAGAGCUUCGUUUUCUUUUAUUCUAAAAUUGUUUUCUUCAUCUUCUUCCUCAGUGAUUCUUUUGGUUAAUCUUCUCAUCCACACUGUAGAUAGUGUUUACAAUCAAUUUGACUAUUUGAUUAAGAACAAAAUGUUUCACCAAUCAACUGUUUCUCAUCAUUGGACCAAAUUAAGACAAUUAUGUUUGAGCUUUGGUUAACCAAACGAAAACAAAUCAAAAAUCUCUGUUAAUUUAUUGUGAUCAAUGUUUCCAUUUGUAAAUCCCUUGUAAUAACAAAUCAACAAUUUCCUUUUAUUACUACAAUUAUUCUGGCACAAGAAGACAAAUAAUUUUCUGAUUAACAUAAAUAAUUUAUCUAAUUGUCACAAUUAGAUAUCAUCAGAAUCACCAUCACCAUCUUCAUAAUCAUCAUCACAAAUCAAGUUAAUUUUGGACAACAACAACAACAAGAUCAUCGUCAUCAUUAAUCUGAAUCAGUAUUAAACCGUCUCAACUCUUUCUUUUUACUUUUAAUUGUAAUUAAAUUAAACCAAAUCAUGGUUUCUCUCUGUUUUAUCUGCGAGCUUCCAAUUUUACCUCAUCAAACCUGGUCAACCUGGAAAGAGUUGGGCAGUAACCUACUGACCGCCGCUGGAACCACAGCAUCACCAGGAAGUUAUGUUAAUAAUUUGUACCAUGAAGAUUGUUUAAUUUGUUCAGUUUGUGGCAUUCGUUUGGAACAAAAUAAUUCAAAUUGUGCCAAAAGAUAUGGUAAUAAGGUUUAUUGUCCAUUACACUUUUCAGAUAUAUCGGGAAUUGGAACCGGCGGAGAAGAGUUCAUGGCCAAAUUGAAGGAUUUUAAACGGCAAAGUUUGGGUUAUGCUGAGGCUCGAAGGAAAAGUAGUACCACUCUCUCAUUUCCGAUUCCCGUUCAGGCCUGUCCAGGGUCACCCUAUUGUUCAGGUUAUCCUCAUGGUAUUAAACCGACCUCAUCCUAUUGGAUUGAAUGUUGUGGAACACCAAACUUUACUGGUCCACCAGGUAGUUACAUUAACCAACAGCAACAGGCAUUACAACAACAGCAACAACAACAACAACAGUCGUCACAACAAUUACAAUCAUCAUCAUCAUCACAACCCCAGUUAAUAAUACAACAAGCCUCAUCUUCAACAGGUGAUUUCUCAAUGGGUGAUAAAUCAGAUAAUCCAUGUUCAUCUUCAUUGCUUGAUUGUAAAGAACCUAAAGAAGGUGAAAAUCUUUUACUCGGAAUUCCCACCAUGAUACCUCGGAGUAACACUUCCUCGGAGGGUUUUAAUGUCAGUCGAUUGGAGAGACAAGACACAUCCAAAUCAACCAACGAUAUGUGUCCCUACGGUCGAUUACAACCACCGACGAUUCAAGUGAUCGAAUCACAAACACCAAUGACCAAAGAUGACAUUGAGCUUUAUCGUAAACAGCCCAACAUUGUCAUAACGCAAGCUCACUCAACUUCACCACCUCCAUCUCCUCCUGCUCCUCCAAAAGGUGAACCUGAACCUUUACCAUCAACAAAUCAACCUCAGAGUAAAUCAGAGGAUCCAUAUGAACUUAUCUCCUUCCAAGAGGAAAUCUACGAAAAGCAUUAUUAUGGUAAAGAACAUUGGAAUUAUUUUACCAACGAUGAAGGUCUUGGUCCCGUUAUAUUGAGUCUUAAACAGGAAAGUGCCGCUGGUCGGGAUCAAUUUCGAAUUCUUCUUAGAACAGUUUCCUAUUCUUUACAUGGUCUGGUUCCUGCGAGUUCGAUUUGUGCUGAUCGUUAUGAUCGAGAAGCGGUGGUCAAAGCUCUUGGUGACGAAGCUGGACUUAAACCAUCCCUUAGCCUUGGGCAACUUCCAUCUAUACCUGAUGAAUUAAUCAAAUUGGAUCAAGUUUUCGUUAAAUCUGAACUUAAGGUCGGAAUAAUUUAUAUCAAAAAGGGUCAAACUUCGGAAGAGGUUAUUUUAGGGAAUAGGGAAGAGUCACCUCGGUUUGCUGAGUUUCUCGAAAUUCUCGGAGACAGGAUAAGGUUAAAAGGUUUCGAUAAAUAUAAAGGUGGCCUAGAUACUGUUCACGAUCUGACAGGAACCGAAUCAGUCUACACUAAUUGGAAAAAUAUUGAAAUUAUGUUCCAUGUGUCCACUAUGCUUCCCCACGAGGAGAACGAUCCUCAAAAGUUACAAAAGAAACGACAUAUUGGAAAUGAUAUUGUUUGUGUUGCCUUCAUAGAAGCCGAUGAUACCCCUUUUUGGCCUGGUUGUAUCAAAUCCCAUUUUCUACAUGCAUUCAUAGUCGUUCGAACAACACCUAAGCCUCUCGCUGAGGACGAAGUGAGAAAAUACUCAAUCAGUGUUGUCUGUCGAGACGAAGUCUCUGCUUACAAACCCUAUUUAUGGCACGAAUCGACAUUCGAAAAGGGACCACAUUUAAGAGAUUGGCUCUUAACUAAGAUCGUCAAUGGAGAGAGAGCGAGUUAUUCUGCUCCAAAAUUUGCACGAAUGCAGGAUCGAACUCGAAGUCAAAUGCUUGAAGAUCUUGUUACCAAUUUAGCGAAUCAUCUUGCAACCGGACAAAUUCCCAAACCAUAUCGCCGAGGUUCAUGGAGACCUAUUGGUCACAUGAGACCUUCUAGUCCACUUUUAGACUCUGUACGUGAUCUUUUUGAAGGUUACGAUCAACUGGCCAAAGAUUUUAGUAGUGCUUUCAACAAUAAUGCUAAAAUGAUUUGUGAUGUCGCAUUUAACGUGAUGGGUAAUCCCGGAAAUGGUUGUCAUGAAACACAGAUCAGACGAAUUUAUGGAGUCCGAGCAAUUUUGGCCAUUCGAAGUCGGGUUUUUCUUGAAAUGUUGUAUGGCUUCAGUCCACCAGGAACCGUUAAUCCAUCAUCCGCCCAAAUGAACAACCCUGGUGGCUCAAUUAAUCCAACCAUGGGAGGAAUUGGAAGUAACUCUUUAUCACCUUUAAUACCUGGAAGCUCAUCAAGUGGUGUUGGUAUAAGUAGUUCAUCAUCUUCAGGGAUUGGUUCCUCGACCAUCAAUCCAUCUCUGACCACCAUUACUGGACAUCAGCCACUUGGACCAAGUAACUCCCUUAAUAAGAAUCAAUCAUCAUCACCUGAAAAACCUCGAACCACUCGAAAAAGUAGCAUCACUGCCAGUACAAUUCAUAAAAUCUCACAAAUCCCCAAGAUAAUUCAUCCAUCAGAAUCGAAAAGUAAACGUAAAGAAUCAACCAUAUCAAACUUUUCGAAUGCCUCAGCAUCCAAAACACCGACUUACCUUACGGUUCCUGGAGCCUCAUCUCUGGGUGGAAGUUUUCGUGCCGCUUUCUCGAGGUUAGUGUCCGGUUCUUGGGCGGGUUGGGGAAGCAAAAAUCGAAACGAUUCAAUUAAAAGAUGGCAAAGCGAAUCAAUUUAUGGUCGCACUGAUUUAAAUAUCGAUCCAUCUAAAAUCCCGAGUCUCUCGGUGUGUGCUGAUAUCGCUAAAAUUGAUAGAAAUAAAUUAGCCCAAACUGAGUUUACGAUAAUUGAAUUUGAUGGCAACACUUUUCAACUUCUCAUUGAAUAUCUUCAUUCGGGCUCAUGUCCACUGACCUGUGAUACGAUUCCUGGUUUAAUUUGUGCAGCGGAACAUUUUGAUCUACCCGAUUUACUCCAAGCUUGUUUCCAUCAUGCAAAAACUCAUCUUCGUCUUAGUUGUGUACCCGCGAUGUUAAAUCAAUUGGAAAACUAUUAUUGGAGAUACAAUUCAGCGACCCAAUUGGUUAAUACAAUAUUAAAAUUUGUCGAUCCUCGAGUCGGUAAAUUUUUCUCUCGCAGUGAAUUUUUAACUCUCAGUGAAACCAUGAUAACUAAUAUACUCUCUCGACCUGGACUUGACCUGACGGAGAUUCAGAAAUUUCAAAUAAUGUACCAAUGGGCAGUUAAUAAAGUGUUAAACAGUGAUCCAAACCAUCCAACAAUUUUAGUGACCAAAGAAAAUGUUAACAACCACAAUUUACCUCCGACCAAAUUUACCGAAUUAAAAGCGAUCAUGAGUAGAUUAACGAGAGAUGUUAAAUUUCACAAAAUGGCUCCACAAGAUAUAAUUAAGAUCGUACUUCCAUCUAAAACAAUUACUCAUGAUAAAAUAUUGGCCACUUUACUUUACCAAGCCGAUCGAGGAUUAUACCGAGAUUCAACCAAGUACACUCAAUUUGGCAGUUGAUUGUGAUAUAUAAUCAUUAUAUAGAUAUUUAUGUAUUAAUUUAAUUGUUAUCCUUCAAUUUCCUCAACAUAAUAUAAUAUCUAAUUCUCAUAUUGAUUCACUUUAACCAAUGUAAAAAUCAAAUCUCUCUCUCUCUCUCUACAAAACUGUUUACAUUUCCAAGUCAACAAAUGUUCAGUAUCAAAAAUAUUUCCAAUACAUUUCAUCAAAUGUCAACAAGA